UAAUAGCCUUCUUAAAAUCUUUUAGUUUUAAAAAUUAGCUUUUUUCGAAACAAAUUUCCAACAGGUCCAACAUCGAUUAAACUUCCAUUUUGAUGGGGCCCUGCCUGAAGUUUCACAAUCAAUUUUUUUGUAUGAAAAUUACUGCUGUUUUAACGCACCUCGUUCAAUGUAGAAUAUGAUCUUAUUAUCAAAUGGGGAUUUGUAAUUCUUUUAUAUAUGUAGAUAUGUCAAUUACAUUGCUCCAAAAAUUAUUAAAUUAACAAUUUGAAGUUCCUUUGGGUGCUAUAUAAAAUUGAAUAAUUUUUUUAUUUUUUUUAGUUUUAGCAUUUUUUAUUAAGUACACUGACGAGCGCGAAAAUCGCAAUGAAAAGCUUUUAAGUUACAGUUGCCAUAUUUACUGAGAUCAUGUAGUUUUUUAGUGCUUUAAGUAGAUUUUUAUGUUGAAUAAGAAAAUCUAGAUGUGGGCAUUUUCACUUGAAUUAAAAAAUGUAAUUAAUUAAUUUCUAAUUUUCCCUACGAUCUUUAAAACAUACACGGUUCGCUUUCCCUUUCGAAUUUUCUCAUCUGCUUCUGCGCUUAGCUUUUUAGUUCUAAAGCUCAGGCAGAAUAGAGCGUUUCUAAUAUCACAAGGAAUUCAACAUCACUAUUUUCAUUGCCGCUGCCGUAGGCAAUAUGUUGUUUGUGGUAAACGCGUUCCUUGCGUUUUUAUGAAAAAAUUAUGUUAAAUUGAUUAAUGACGAAUGUGUUCGGAGAUAAACCCAAUUGAAUUGUAUACCAAACAAUUAAAACAUUUUUUAUAAUUUUUAUUUAUUGUUGUUGUUGUUUUAUUGAAAUGACAAAACAAUUGGGAACAAUUAGUAAACCACUCAUCAACUCAGCCAUGUCAUUUAAAAGUCAUUAGGGCAAGUAAUUUCCAGCGAAGAGGCUUGUCUGUCUGGGUCAGGUGGGCGAUGGCUUGGACAAGUGUAAAAUUACUACUGACAAAUGGUAUUGAAGAGCAUUGACUAAAGUGGAGCAACGAAAAAAUUCCCAUAAUACAAUAGUAUCGUCGUAAUAAAUGGCACAACGAUUGCAAUGCAACAUGCUGUGUCUUUUCAUCUGUUGCAUGCUUAUCGGCUACUCGUGGCAGUACUGUUACCAGCUGAAAAUACUGAGCUUUCGCAGCACCGACACGCCCGAUUACCGACUUGUCAUGGACUGGCAGAAGAAUAUGACUUUAACCGCGUCGACGUACGUCCGAAAAGCAGUCGCAACGCCGACCUGGCACCUCCAACUGCUCCAAUUGAACACCAAACGCAAUCAGCUGGGCAAAAUCGAGCCGCCGAAGUCGCUCUACAACGCCACCUAUAAGACGUGUGAGUUUUGGAAGUAUGUGAAGCGCAUACGGGUCUUCAACAAUGUGGCCCAACAGCUGCUCUCCAAGAGUGGUGGCAACAUGAGCCUAGACUGCCCCUUAUCGGUGGGCACGUAUGUCUUCAAAAAUAUACACGUGCCACCUGACACCGGCAUGCUGAAGUUCAUGUACUGGCCCAACACGAUCUACACACUGCUCGGCACGGUCUACGAUCAGCGGCCGAACAAGACUUUGGAGAAAUUAUGCCACUACGAGAUCAACGGCACUGUUAUCAAGUCGUGUUAAAUACCAUAUUGUUUCGGAGUAUUCCAGAAAACCAGUUAACUGUAAAAAAAGCAUUGAAAAACUUGCACUUCUUCGUCGAGUUAGUUUAAAGUCUUCCGAAAAUAAGCAAAUUUGAGUCUUUGGAAUCUUUGUAAAAUUGUGCGUUUAUUUUUCUUUAACUAAGGCGCUGUGGCAUUAGCCGGGUUGCAUGUCGAAUUGCAUCCCCGUGCGUGUGACCCAAUUCCGACGGCUCGCCAAGGGAGCUUAAUUAUGCAAACAUUAGUUUUAUUUUCCUUUUCUCAUUUCCUGACUUUUUGUUAUAAUAACGGCGCAUUGUUGUUGUGUACUGUGGCAUUCUUGGUUUUUGCUUUGGCGGCUUUCUAACAUCCGCGCGACUUUAGCGCCAAUCAAGCAAAUGCAGGGCAAACAUUCUGCACUUUGCACGAUGCAUGUUGCACAAAAGCCGUAAGAGCUGCGUGCCGCGGCACACUUUGCGGUGCAAUUUUUUCUAAUUACCGCUGUUUUGAGCACAGCGCAAAAAUUCCAUUGUUUUCAUCGUAUGUAUUCCGCUGAGUGCGCGCCUGUUGCUGCUCCCGUGUGGCACACAAUCCUGCGGCAUGGGCUUUUGUGGCUCUUUGUGGGUUCAAACGCUGUGUUCGCAAAUGUUUUUGUUUUUGCAUAAAAUUAUUUUGAAUUUUUAAUUAGCAACGUCCAUAGGUGGAUUUUACUAUGUUAAUAUUCCAGCGAAAACAAAAAGGAAGCGAAAAAAUAUUUCUGUUCGCUGUGAUGAUAAUGAGACAUAAAACCA